AACUCCACGCGAUUUUUACUGCUCUCUCUCUCUCUCUCUUCGUCGGCGAGACCGCGAAUCGAUCGCCGUGUGGUCGCCGGAGGGAGCCGAAGAUCGAGUUGGAUGGAGCUUUAACUCCGCCCAAGGCAUCCCCUGCAGAUGAAAUUGAGGAGCACUGCAAGCACUAGAGCUAGUUCUCUUCAUAUGGGGGAAUUUCGUGAUACCGAAUACAAUUUUGUCAAUGAGGACUCGCCGAAACUAGGCAACACCAGGAAGGUCUCUGUCAUUCCCCUUGUCUUCCUUAUUUUCUAUGAGGUCUCUGGUGGCCCCUUUGGGAUAGAGGACAGUGUUCAAGCCGCUGGACCGCUUCUGGCUAUACUUGGAUUUCUGAUCUUCCCCUUCAUAUGGAGUAUUCCUGAAGCACUUGUCACUGCUGAGAUGGGCACCAUGUUCCCAGAAAAUGGAGGUUAUGUUGUGUGGGUCUCUUCAGCUUUGGGCCAUUUUUGGGGUUUUCAGCAGGGUUGGAUGAAAUGGCUUAGUGGUGUCAUUGACAAUGCUCUAUAUCCAGUUCUCUUUUUAGACUAUUUGAAGUCCGGUAUUCCAGAUUUUGGUGGUGGGCUGCCUAGGACUGUUGCGGUGUUAAUACUAACAGUUGCACUAACUUACAUGAACUACAGAGGACUGAACAUUGUUGGAUGGAUGGCUGUGUUUCUGGGGGUGUUCUCCAUACUUCCUUUUAUCUUAAUGGGGUUGGUAGCAAUACCAAAACUUCAGCCUUCGAGAUGGUUACAGGUUGACAUACACAAUGUCAAUUGGAGUUUGUACUUGAAUACACUCUUUUGGAAUCUCAAUUAUUGGGAUUCAAUAAGUACUUUGGCAGGAGAGGUGGAUAAUCCUAAGAGAACACUUCCAAAGGCUCUGUUUUAUGCAUUGAUCUUGGUUGUUGUCGGAUAUCUGUAUCCUCUCCUAGCUGGGACAGGAGCAAUCCCACUUGAUCGGGAGUCAUGGACAGAUGGUUAUUUUUCUGACGUGGCCAAAAUUGUUGCUGGGGUCUGGUUGAGAUGGUGGGUGCAAGGAGCUUCAGCUCUAUCCAACAUGGGCAUGUUUGUUGCCGAAAUGAGCAGUGAUUCUUACCAGCUUCUUGGAAUGGCAGAAAGGGGAAUGCUCCCAGAGUUCUUUAGCAAGAGAUCCCGUCACGGGACUCCUCUUGUCGGGAUACUCUUCUCUGCUUCUGGUGUUCUUCUGCUGUCCUGGAUGAGCUUUCAGGAGAUCAUUGCUGCCGAGAAUUUCCUGUACUGUUUUGGGAUGAUUCUGGAGUAUGUGGCCUUCAUAAAGUUACGACUGAGCCACCCAAAUGCUUCUCGGCCUUAUAAGGUUCCUCUGGGGACUGCUGGUUGCAUUUUGAUGAUCGUCCCUCCUACCAUCUUGAUAUGUGUGGUUCUGGCUCUUGCCUCUUUCAAAGUCAUGAUCGUAAGCAUUAUAGCGAUGCUUAUUGGGUCCGUCCUGCAGCCUUGUCUCAAACAUGUGGAGAAGAAGAAGUUGUUGAAGUUCACUUUGAACUCUGACCUCCCUGAUUUCAGAGAAUCUGAGCAUGAGAGUGCUGUCGAAUCCUUGAUAGCUUAGCUUCAUUUUCAGAUCCCUUAACACUAAGGAAAUAUGUUCAAGAUGUUGCAAUUGGAAAUUGUGAUCUGAGUUCGAGAUGAUGACUGUAUAUGACAUGGUGAUGGUGAUUACAUAGUAGAUUCGACGACCAAUCAACGGCAUUGGCUUGGUGAUUGCUCUCAUGUUUCGUGGAAGAGAAGGCAAGUUCUGAAGUCGCUCAAGCUGCUUC